UCUAAAUACAAAUUAGAGCGCCGUGAGCAACCCUUACCACUAUACUCUCAUCAUGCAAAAUUGUUUCAAAACAUGGACAACCACGUUCCUUCUGCAGGCGUCGUCAAUUCAUCUGAAUUGUCCCCACCCAUUGCUUUCAACCCUCUCCAUUCAACAGCUUACAGGCAAAAUUCAUUGAGUUCAUCAAGCCUCUCAGUACAUGAAAUGGGUCAUGGAGCUAAGAGUGAGUGUGUAUCAGAAAAUAAGGAGGAUGUUGUUAAAAGUCCAGGGAGUCAGAAGUUGAAGCCUUAUCCUGGGGAAUCCACUUCAGUCUCCUCUAUUGUUCCCUUAACAUCUGAGCUGAGGUCUCCUCUUUUUAGCAAUCAAAGAGAGGGCUCUCAAGACAUAAAACAUGAACUGGAUAAAGAAUUGUCAAAGUCACUGCAUUAUGCUUUAUGUCUGCUACAUUUGGCUGUUUUUGGUAUUCUUGGGGUAUUAACAAGAUACAUACUAGGCCUGCUAUUUGGCCCCGGGAUUGGUCGCGUGACAAGUGACCAAACUAUUCUUUACCAUGACCUGCCUUCUAAUAUGGUUGGUUCUUUUGUAAUGGGAUGGCUUGGUGUUGUAUUCAAAGAGGACAUAUCCAACGUGUCUGAAUAUCUGGCUAUUGCACUGACAACUGGUUACUUAGGGAGUCUAACAACGUUCAGCGGCUGGAAUCAGAAAAUGCUUGAACAUAGUGCUGCUGGGAACUGGCUCUAUUCUGUGCUUGGCUAUCUAAUAGGAUUAUCUCUUGUUGCCUUUGCCUCCAUCAUCUCUGGAAUAGAAACAGCCAAGGGAUUUAGGUGGCUUCUCAGCAGGCCAAAGAUGAGUUCUGGAAGUGAAACAGGUAGAUCCAAGAUCAAUAUAAAGUGUCACUUGGAAGCUAUGAUUGUCUUAUUGCUGAUUUUAGGCUUGUUGUGGGGUGUUAGUGGUGUAUUAUUGAUUUCUGAUUUCAAGAAUGGUGAAAAAUCUGUUGUAUGGAUUGGUUGCAUAGUUGGACCUUUUGGUGUGUGGAUUAGGUGGGGCUUAGCCCGACUAAAUGGACGUGGAUUAGGAAGGACUGGUUCGUUGAAUUGGAUUCCAUUUGGAACUCUAAUUGCAAAUGUCUCUGCUUGUUGUGUCAUGGCUGCACUUGCUACAACGAAGAAACUGGUGGACACCAGGAAUUGUGAUACUAUUAUCACAGGCAUACAGUUUGGCCUGUUGGGUUGUUUGAGUACUGUCUCUACCUUUGUUGCCGAGUUCAAUGCGAUGAGAGAAAGCAUGCACCCUUGGAGAGCAUAUGCAUAUGCUAUGAUCACAAUAUGUGCCUCUUACUUUUUAGGGAUCUUAAUAUACUGUGUACCUAUUUGGAGAAUGCAGGAAUGAUAAAUGGCUAGAAGCAAUAGAAGGUAAUCUUGUUUUGAUAAUUCAUCUACUUGGAAGAAUUGAGAAAUUUAGAGCAGUAGAAUAAUCUCUAACUUCAUUUUGAAUGAUGAGAUUCAUCAUAGUUUUAGUAAAAAGUACAUAAGCCUUCUCACCAAAUAGUAUUCUGUUAUAUCUAGUGUAUCCUAUCAUCUACUUCGGAUUGAAAUCUUCUGUCCUCACAUGGUAUCAAUUUCCUGUCCCUCUAAUAAUUUUUUUGCAUGUCAGUUGAAAAUCAACAUGUAAUUUUGUAACUGGCUCACUCAUAUGUUUUUUGAUU